AAGCUGAAAAACAAAGGCAGACACAGAUCCAAACCAAAAUCUCUGAAGUAGAAGCAGACCAAAAUGGCGCAAGAAGCAAGGCUUAAACUGCGAAUGCAAAAGGAGAUCAAGCUUCUCCUUGACGACCCUCCUCACGGCGCUUCCUUCCCUUUUCUCUCCUCACAAUCUGAUAUCACCGAUCUGUCCUCCAUCGACGCCCAAAUAGAAGGUCCUGACGAAACUGUAUAUAGCAAAGGAAUCUUCAAGAUUAAGAUUCAGAUACCUGAAAGGUAUCCGCUUCAGCCUCCGAUUGUGACCUUUGCGACGCCUAUUUAUCACCCGAACAUCGAUAAUGGAGGUCGAAUUUGCCUUGACAUCCUCAAUCUUCCACCCAAGGGGGCAUGGCAACCGUCGUUGAACAUUUCAACAGUGCUUACAAGUAUAAGGCUAUUGCUCAGUGAACCAAAUCCUGAUGAUGGCCUAAUGUGUGAAGCGAGUAGGGAAUACAAAUACAAUAGACAAGCUUUUGACUAUAAAGCACGAUCAAUGACUGAGAAAUAUGCCACGGGUGGAGCUGGAGAAAGCAGUUGUAGCAAUCAAUGCACUGAAACUAAAGCAGAUUCAACGCCGGUGGAAGUUCAAGGAUUGGACCAGGAAGCAAACCAUGGUGCUGAGGAGUUUAAUACUAGCCAUAAAAGAUCACAUGGCAUUAGCCAGAAGUUUUCACUAGAGUCUACCAUCUCAAACAAGAAAAAAACUGCCGAUCUGAAGGUGCCGAAUCAUUAUUUAUUUCUCUCAGUACCGAUAAAUCCGACGGAAAGUAAGCGAAAAUGGGAGAAGGAAAAUGAUGACUUUGAUAACAAGGAGAAUGUGGAUCCAAAUUACUUAUCGUCACUCUUCCAACAUCAGGCUUCUUCUGGACCAUCAUUCUCUCAGGUUAACGGCAAUCAACAACAUGAGCAGGACAAAGAAGGCAAUUCAGGAAACAGCAGCACAAAGAGGAGCUCAAAACUUUGUCAAAUGCAGAAACAACCAUUUGGGUCUAGGGAACCAAUGCAAACAUGUGAAAACACGGAAGUGUUCGGGACCCAAAACAUCUCUGCGAAUCAAAAACCAGAGAAGCUCAGUUCUGUAGGUAAGAAGCUUUCACUGGGACUGAAAGGCUUAUCACAUAGACAACAUGUGGUUAACAAAGAGAAUGUGAUGCCAGUAGAGAACUUGCCACAUUCAAAUCCCCAAACUCCUGGAAAAAAUGGGCUCGGUCGUAAGCCACCUCUAGCUCCUUCGAACCAACAAUUGCAACAGGGCUUGGAACCUAACCAGAAGAAGCAGCCUCAUCAAGCUGCUAAAAGUAUGCAAACUGAUGUGGAGGAAGAAGAAUCUUCGAUAUCUGAAAAUGUAGUUGUUCUAGAUAGUGAAGAAAGCGAGAGGGAAGAGAAGAGUGCCCCAUUGAGGACGAGAAGGCCACUAGCAGCACGGAAGCGCCUUGGGAAGUGGAGGUUUUAAGGCUUGAAUCAAAUUAGUUAUACAGUUUCCAAUCCAUUAGCAAUUUCUCUAGGUUUAGGUUUAUUUGAAUAGACGC